UAAAAUUUAUCAUACCUCCUAUUCGGGAUUAUAUCGUUACCCCCCUUAAAUAAUAUUCUUUCCGACCCUGUAGUAAAAUUCAAUUUUCUUUAUAUUAAGAGAUAUUUCCAGAGAAAAGUUUAUAAGAAAAAGUUAUUCAGGGAUAGCACUUACCCAAGAGAUUCAAUCCGACCUGUGGAUCCUACCGGAAACCGAUUGGAUCCGAAACGGAUUGCAUCGGAAUCCGACGUCUUCCGUUAAAACCGAUCGGAUCCGAACCAGUUUACGUCGGAUUCCUUGCACAGGAUUCCGAACCGGAUUACGUCGGAAAAUAUCCGUUCGACGGAUUCAAACGGAUUUGAAAUCCAUCCGACAGAAUCCGAUCGAGCGGCUUUCCUUGGUUUGAAUCUCUUGGGUGCCUUUUGGAGAAAUCGAGAUACCCAAGAGAUUGAAUCCGACCUGUGGAUCUUACUGGCAACCAUCGGAUCCGAAACGGAUUGCAUCGGAAUCCGACGUCUUCCGUUAAAAACCGAUCGGAUCCGCUCCAGUUUGCGUCGGAAUCCUGUGCAAAGGAAUCCGGAUCGGAUCACGUCUGAAACGUCGGAUUCAAACGGAUUUGAAAUCCAUCCGACAGAAUCCGACCGAGCGGCUUUGCCUUGGGUAUUCGGGUCAGAAUGUAGAUCAUUGAGUUCUGUGGGUGUUAGUGAAUACAACUUGGGGUGCUUGUGUGGACUAUAAGUGAAAUUUUGGGUGUUAGUGGGUCAAUAUAAGGACUUUUGGACUGGUAUGAUGUGUUUCUAGAGAAAAUUUUACCAGAAAAAGUUAUUCGGGGAUAGCACUUAUUCGGGUCAGAAUAUAGAUUAUUGAGUUCUGUGGGUGUUAGUGAAUACAACUUGGGGUGCUUGUGUGGACUAUAAGUGAGAUUUUGGGUGUUAGUGUUGAAGGGGGUCAUUUUUUUGUCUUUGUUGAGGGUCUAUUUCUUCUAGGAGUUGGACAAAGUGGGUGUUAGUGGGUGUUUGUGCACAUAACUCUCCAAGCUGUGGGUGUUAGCGAAGAUGACCCAUAUGCGUUUUUACAAAGUUGGGUGUUUGGGUGUUAGCAUAAAUUAGUAACACCCGAUAAAUGGUUACCUACAAAUGUAUCGUAAAGAAAUGGAACAAAACGAUUUCCAUUUAACUAGUAACAAUAGAUCCAUCGUGUUUCACAUUUUUAAUCCCGUAAGGGAUUGCGCUAACAGCUUUUUGACUAGUGGGUAGGUAGUCCUUAAAAGUCAACCGAGGUUAAUUUUACUAUAGUGCAUCCAAAUGCGCUGAAACUUUGGGUUUGUUAGUUUCUAAUGAUGACCUUUCGAAUGCACAUGAAAAAUAAAAAAUAAAAAAUUUAUCGUGUACCUCGUAUACUAGAUCAUCCUUGGUCUCCUCGUGGACUCUCUCUCAAGGACUAUUAAGCUGAAAAUUUUAUCAUAAACGUAUCUCAAUGAGGCCUACUAGUAGCCCAAAUUUGAGCCCAUUCGGAUGAUGUUUUGAAAAACAUUACUGCUCUUGGCCUUCUAAACAUUGUUUAAAAAUCUCUAUACCAAAAUUUAUUUCCACAAACUUUUGAAAACACUAUUCGAUGCAGUUCGAUGUGCUCUUUCAAAUGAGGCUACUCUCAAUUUGGUCUAUCACGCUGAUAUGAACAACUUGUCCUAUAUACGUGGUCAUAGGUGUACCUAUUACAGCGGAAACGUUUUCCUGCCAGAAGAUGUUUCCAAUAUUAUCAAAAGAUAGCCCAUAGUCGAAAGUAUCUAUGGUAAAAUAAAAUCGCGGUUAGAACUCUUGUCGUUCUUGAGAAAACGAAAACUUACUGGAAAAUAUUGCCGAAAAAUCGCUUCAAAAAUAGGCGAGUGCCUAUACUUGUCAAGGCUAUAUCUCCAGAACAGCCCAUCCGUUUGAGCUGAAAUUUUCAGAUUCAUCCUAACUUGACGUGGUCUAUGUACUGUAAAAAUAUCAGCCAAACCGGCGACAUUUAUUGAGUAGCCUCUGCUUAAAUUGGGCGUGGCUUACAUGCAAUGCCUCCUAAGCACGGUCGAAACGCGUCGCAACAGCUUAUUAAGAUUAUAUCGAAAACUCACUCCUCACCCCUAGUCGUCGAAAUUGUAGAAUAGGUAAUUUAUCUGUGAUUGUUAAAAUCAUUUGGAUAAUUAAAUAGUCGAAACCAUCUGAUGAAGCUCUUGAAUAAGGCCGAAACGCGUUAUGGUUUGCUUGGACUCUCACCCUGUGUUUUUUCGUUUCUGUAUAUUGACUGUAAGACUGUUGUAAAACCUUUUUUCAAAGAUAUCACUCAUAUCUUUAUAACUAAAGAUGUUUAUCAGUUUCACUCCGUUCUUUUUCUUUUUUGUUCCCUAGACUGAAAGACUAGGGUCUAGAAACCGUAAUUCACCUGUGUCUGUUUGUCCGUCCGUCUGUCUGUCUGUCUGUCUGUCUUUAACAAACGCUUGGCACAAAUGACCAUUUCUAUGGCACAAAUCACCAUUUUGCAUGCCACAAUUGACCAUUUUUAUGGCACAAAUCACCAUUUUGCAUGGCACAAAUGACCAUUUUGCAUGGCACAAAUGACCGAUUUGCAUGGCACAAAUGACCGUUUUGCAUGGCACAAAUGACCAUUUUUAUGGCACAAAUGACCAUUUUGCAUGGCACAAAUGACCAUUUUUAUGGCCCAAAUGACGAUUUUGCAUGGCACAAAUGACGAUUUUGCAUGGCACAUAUGACCAUUUCUAUGGCACAAAUGACCAUUUCUAUGGCACAAAUGACCAUUUCCAUGGCACAAAUGACCAUUUCUAUGGCACAAGUGACCAUUUCCAUGGCACAAAUGACCAUUUCUAUGGCACAAGUGACCAUUUUUAUGGCACAAAUGACCAUUUUUAUGGCACAAAUGACGAUUUUGCAUGGCACAAAUGACCAUUUCUAGGGCACAAAUGACGAUUUUGCAUGGCACAAAUGACCAUUUCUAUGGCAGAAAUGACCAUUUUUAUGGCACAAAUGACCAUUUCAAUGGCCCAAAUGGCCAUUUCUAUGACACAAAUGACCAUUUUUAUGGCACAAAUGACCAUUUCAAUGGCCCAAAUGGCCAUUUUGCAUGGCAGAAUUCACCAUCAUAAAAUAAUGACCGAAUAAUGUCGUCUGUGAAAGACAAACAUAAUACUGAAUAUAAAACAAAACGACUAAUAAGAAGAUAGAAAAGAAAAAAAGAUAGACGAGAAAGAAGACAUGACAGAAUGAAAAAAAAAUUUAACCAGAAAACACUCGAGGAGAAAGGACAAAAGAACCUUACCUAUUAUUCAUACACUCAAUAUAUUACUGCGUAAUAAAUAAAAACAAUCAAGUGCAUGACGCAAUACGUACAAGAUUUUCAAAUGCGCAAUAUCUCAUACCAAAUGAACUACGCAAUAAAUCCAGAUAAAAAAGGAUAUCCAGUACGAACCCUCGACAAUAGAAACACGCAAUAAAUACUAUACAAAUACAAAUAACAUUUAACAAUUAAGUAAAAAAAACCCUUAAGUCUAAGCAUAUUCCGAAUUCGAAAAACUCUUCAAAAAGACAAAACAUUUUCAUACAAUAGAGUCCCAUACACACUAAACAGCUAAUCAAAAUAUCAGGAUACAUACUAUGUCCCAGACGUGAACAAAAAAAAUCCGAAUCCCAAAAACGAAUCUACCCAUAGAAUCCUAUCAUUCUCAAUUAAACGCACCAAAUCAAACAUUUAUAUUUCUAGAUUCCUAGUAGUUCAACAACACAACAUCCUAUUCUGAACGUUCUUCAUGUUCUACGUGUUGUUAAUUCUCAAUUUAGCUCCAAUCGUUUAAAAUCAUCUCAUAAACUAAAAAAUUUUAAUUCUAUUGUUUAUGAAGGUGGUACAGGUCAAACAACUAUUGCUAUUGUUACUAUUGAUCGUGCAUUAGAUACGGUUACUGCUGAUCGACUUGGAAUUAUUAUUAUCAUUGAUGUUUAUUAUGAUGGUGGUACAGGUGAAUGUAUUACUAUUGCUAUUAUUGUUAAUACUGGUCCUGCCUUAUUUAUUAUUGAUGUUAGUCGUGUUAAAAUUGAUAUUAUUAUUGGUCGUCCAAGUCGUUCUUUUAUUUUUGUUCAACAUUACAUUCAUAUAUAUUACGAUUAG